UCACAGUGGCAGGCUGGUGGUAAACAAGGCUUUUAACGAGUUUUUUUCAAAAAUGUCUUUCUUCUUUCAGCACUUUGAUAAAGGCCAAAGUUGUGAGCAGAACUAAAAGCAGUCCAGUCAACAGAUUCACUUAUCGUCACUUUUCACGGAUUGCAUUUGGUAUAAACUUGCAGGGAUUCCCAUGAUUACAGGUGCGACGUCAGCUUUGAGUUUGCAGCCAGUAAGAGACAGACCCGUGAUAAAAAAGCUGCAUCAUCACUGUAAACCGGACUCUGAGAGACGAUGAGCUGUUUGUGGCCAGACGAGACGAGACCUUUAAGUACAGACCUUUGGAUUUCUCAGUCACAUGACUCGGUUUCUACAACCUGCCUGUCUUCUCCCAGCUGGCCGUCCGCUCCCUCCACCGAAAAAAAUAAACACAGGAUGGCACAGGCACCCACGUCAUGUGAUUGUUUUGUCUCCUUACCCCCCGGUUCUCGCGAUGACCACGUGAUUUUUGGAAAGAACUCAGACCGUCCCCGGGAUGAGGUGCAGGAGGUGGUCUACCACCCUGCCGCAUCUCAUCCUCCAGGAUCCAUGCUGGAGUGCACGUACAUCCAGAUCCCUCAGGUGGAGAAGACAUAUGCCGUCGUCCUCAGUAAACCUGCCUGGCUGUGGGGUGCUGAAAUGGGAGCUAAUGACCAAGGAGUGUGUAUUGGGAAUGAGGCGGUCUGGACCCGUGAGCCUGUGGUCCCUGGAGAGGCUUUGCUGGGCAUGGACCUUGUCCGGAUUGGACUGGAGCGUGGUGACAGUGCCUGGGCAGCAUUGACGGUCAUUACAGGUCUCUUGGAGCAACAUGGCCAGGGUGGGCAGUGCAAGGAGGACCCUGAACCCUUCAGCUACCACAACACCUUCCUCCUGGUGGACCGCAAUGAGGCCUGGGUCCUCGAAACUGCUGGAAGGCUCUGGGUGGCACAGAAAGUCUCAGAGGGUGUGAAGAACAUUUCCAAUCAGCUAACCAUCCACACCGAGAUCUCAGCGGAGCACCCAGAACUGCGGAGCGUGGCCAAGGCUCAGGGGUGGUGGGAUGGCCUGGGAGAGUUUAACUUCUCUCGAGUGUUUAGUCCUGAAAACCCUCCUGUCAGGAUGGAGUUGGCCAAGAAGCGCUACAAGGGAGGCACAGAACUCCUCCAACAGCACGAUGGCUCAGUGACAGCGGCGGUGAUGAUGUCCAUUCUGAGGGAUAAACCUAGUGGCAUCUGCAUGGACUCUGGAGGAUUUUGCACCACAGGCAGCAUGGUGUCUGUGCUGCCCCGAGACACUAGCCUUCCCUGCAUCCACUUCUUCACUGCCACCCCAGACCCAUCCAGGUCUAUAUUCAAGCCUUUUAUCUUCUCGGACUGUCCCACCCCGGUCCUAAGGGUAGUCUCUCCACAGUUCGGACCAGACGACCCUGUCAGGAAGCAGCCGCGCUUUCAAAGCCGGGUGGACCGCAGACAUGAUCUUUAUAAGGCCCACCAGGUGGCGCUCAACAUCAUGGAGACCAAACCGGAUGAAGGUUUAGCCGUCUACGACAUCCUGAGGGAUCUGGAGUCGCAAUGUCUGAGCGAAAUCUCAGCCAUGCUCGGUGGAGAGAUACCAGGAGACGAACUGGGAGACCUGUUCUUUGAUUGUGUGGACACAGAGAUUAAGUUCUACCAGUGAGAAGCGCCCUCAGGUGGACACCCCGCCAGCACUCACGCCGUGGCAGGAGAAGGCCUUGGGACUGUUAAAAAAUUUGCUGUGUUUCUUCAUCUGGUCGGCCACCGCCUCACUUAUGCAACCUGCAUUUCUGACCCCAUUCCAUCAUUAACACAGACUUAAAUGUCUGAGCUGCACAUGCAAUCAAAGCAUAUUUAUCAUCUGUAUCACCCAGGGAGCAAUGACUGCACCUCAUUAGUGAGUAUAUUGAUGUAGACUUCACAGGCGUCCAUGUAGAUCUGUGAAAUUGUUGCACAAAUACUCUGAGUAUGGCAAUUGUUUAAAAGUUUGUUUGCUGCUGCAGAUGAAUGAGAGGUCAUCUGGUUUGAUGGCUGCCCAUGAGGAGAUAAGUAUUAAAGGAUGUGCAUAGCCUUUCCAAA